AUGCGAUACACAGCAGCUCUCGUAGCUGGCGUGGCCGCCGCCGCCCUGGCGCAGGGUGGCCGUGACCCCCCACGCAACGAUGACGCCGUGCCGAGCUUUGACUGGGACAAGGUGCCUCCCUCGACGGUGCUCUCGUACCGGCCCUGCUACGACGGGUACGAGUGCGCGCGGCUGACGGUGCCCAUGGACUGGCGCGCCGCGGACCGCGACCCGCGCGUCGUCGUGCUGGCCGUGAUCCGGCUGCCCGCAACCGUGCCCGCCUCGGACCGUUCCUUUGGCGGCACCGUCAUCACGAACCCCGGCGGGCCCGGCGGUUCCGGCGUCGACAGCAUGCUCGGCGGCGGCGCGCAGCGCCUCCGCGACGCCCUCGACAGGCCUGGCCGCCGGCACUAUGAGAUUCUCUCGUUUGACCCGCGCGGCGUCGGCCGCAGCUGGCCGCGCGCCAACUGCCUCCCGCAUAAUGACCUGGCGCGCGAUGCGUUUGCCUACGAGGAGCGCGGCGUCGGCAUCGUCGAUGGCUCGGUGCCGGCGGCAGUGCCCCGGCUGCUCGGCCUGUAUAGGAGCCUCCUGGGCAGGUGCGCGGCGGAGAGCGAGGCCGGUGCGCCGGGCGCAGAGAUUAUGGGAUACAUGAGCACGCCGAGUGUCGCGCGCGACAUGGUCCACAUUGUGGACAAGAUUGACGAGCAGCUCAAGGCGGAGGGGUUGAGUGUGGAGGAGGAGGAGGAGGAGGAGGAUGGGGUGGAGGAGGACCGUCGCGAGCUGCGAAAGAGGGGUCACCACAAAAAGGACGUCCCGCGUCUGCAAUACGUUGGCUAUUCGUACGGCACCAUCUUGGGCAACUACUUUGCCUCGCUCUUUCCUGAGCGUGUCGGCCGCCUCAUCCUUGACGGUGUCGUCGAUGCCGAAGACUACUCCUCAGGACCAGGCUGGGUCACGAGCACGAUUGACGCCGACAACAUCACCGCGCACUUUUACACCGGCUGCCACGCCGCCGGCGCCUCCGUCUGCCCGCUCGUGCAGCCCGGCGACGCGUCAGGCGCCGCCAUCCAGGCGCGCGUGGAAGCCUUCAUCGCCGACCUCGCCGACGCGCCGCUGCCCAUCACCUCGACGCCCGGCGGGGGGGUCUCGGCGCUGACGGCCGCCGACGUGCGCAUCGCGGCCGCCAUCACCAACUACGCGCCCGGCCGGUCCUUCAAGCCGCUCGCCGCCGCGCUCGCCGCCCUGCUCGCCGGCAACGCCACGUCGUUUGUGGCGCUGCUCGACACGCUCGGCGCGUUCCCGCAGCUGCGCGAGGCGUGCGCGGCCGGCGGCCGCGACAGCCUCCGCGUGCCCGUCAUGCAGCUCGCCGCCAACGAGGCCAGCAUCGCGACGCGCUGCGCCGACGGCGAGGACGUCACCGGGCGCGACCUGGCGUGGUGGCGCGACUUUGUCGCCAGCGAGCGCCGCACGUCCAGCACCUUUGGCAGCUUCUGGUCCAAGAUUCGCCUGCCGUGCGCUGGGUUCCGCUUCCCCCGCCACUGGUUCUUUGACGGCCCGUUUACGACGCCGCCGUACGAGCGCACGCGGCAUGGACGCCCCGUCCCCGGCAAGCCAGCCGCGCCGCUGCUGUUCUUGUCCAGCCGCCUCGAUCCCGUCACGCCGCUGCGAUCGGCGCGCCGCAUGGCUGCCGCGCACCCGGGCGCCGUGGUCGUCGUGCAGGAGUCCAUGGGUCACUGCGCGCUCGGUUCCGCCAAUAGUGCAUGCACAAAGGGCAUCGCGAGCGAGUACAUGGAGACGGGCAAGGUUCCGUCGCGCGAGACGGUGUGCCAGUCGGACUUUGAUCCGUGGAACGAGCACGCCGAGGUGGAUGCGUCGAGCGUUGUCAUUGAUGCGCCGCGCUUCCCUUUCUGA